AAUGGAGGAAAUGGAUCAUAUUCCGGCACGGUUCAGUCGUUAAGUGGAAUGUUAACAGGUCGUGAUAUUGGUGGGCCAAGCCGAAAGCUGAAUCCUUAAUUAUUGCUAGCAUAAGUAUCUCCUGAAGCCUUAAGCAGAACCCGAUGCUUAUACUCUCCGCAUAUAAGAGUCACGAAGGAUCAACAAGUCCUUGAAGCGAGUGAAAAAGUCAAUCAGAUUCAGGAAAGAUGGCAGAAACAGAAGCUAACGGUGAUGAAGAGAGCUCUCUGGUCUCCGACUUUCUCCAAUUCUUAAACGCAUCUCCAACUGCUUUUCACGCCGUUGAUGAGGCAAAGAGGCGUUUGCGAGAAGUGGGAUACGAACAGAUUUCGGAGAAAGAAGAUUGGAACUUGGAAGCUGGAAAGAGAUAUUUCUUCACCAGAAAUUAUUCCACAAUUGUAGCUUUCGCCGUCGGAAAAAAAUAUGUUGCUGGAAAUGGAUUCCAUAUAGUUGGUGCUCAUACUGACAGUCCUUGUCUAAAGCUGAAACCUGUUUCUAAGGUAACAAAAGGCGGGUAUUUGGAGGUUGGUGUUCAAACAUAUGGAGGUGGUUUAUGGCAUACAUGGUUUGAUCGUGACUUAAUGAUCGCUGGACGGGUGAUCAUUAGAGAAGAAAAAGAUGGUUCAGUUUCUUAUUCUCACAAGCUACUUAGAAUUGAGGAGCCCAUAUUGCGAAUUCCUACACUGGCCAUACACUUGGACAGGAAUAUCAAUAGCGAUGGAUUUAAGCCUAACACCCAGAGUCAUCUUCUUCCUGUCUUGGCAACAGCAAUAAAGGAGGAGCUUAAUAAAGUGGCCGGAGAUAAUAACUCUAAAGAAACACCAACUGGUUUUGGCUCCAAGCACCACUCAGUUCUACUACAGAUGAUAGCUAGUCAGCUUGGCUGUGUACCAGAUGAUAUAUGUGAUUUUGAACUACAAGCAUGCGAUACACAACCAAGUAUAUUAGCUGGUAUUAAGGAAGAAUUCAUUUUCUCUGGGAGGCUUGACAAUCUCUGCAUGUCAUUUUGCUCUCUGAAGGCAUUGAUAGAUACUACAUCUUCUGGAAGCAACCUUGAGGAUGAGACUGGUGUUAGAAUGGUGGCAUUGUUUGACCAUGAGGAGGUUGGAUCAGCUUCAGCUCAAGGAGCUGGGUCUCCUGUCAUGUUAGAUGCUUUGUCACGAAUCACAAAUUCCUUCUGCACAAUUACCAAUGUGUUGAUUGAGAAAGCAAUCCAGAGGAGUUUUCUUGUUUCUGCUGACAUGGCCCAUGCCCUACACCCUAAUUACAUGGAAAAACAUGAGGAUAAUCAUCAGCCCAAGUUGCAUGGAGGGCUUGUCAUCAAGCACAAUGCAAAUCAACAUUAUGCAACUAAUGCCGUUACAUCCUUCAUAUUCAAGGAGAUAGCCUUGAAGCAUAACCUUCCUACUCAGGAGUUUGUGGUCCGCAAUGACAUGGGUUGUGGUUCGACCAUCGGUCCCAUCUUAGCAAGUGGAGUGGGGAUUCGCACAGUCGAUGUCGGUGCACCACAAUUAUCGAUGCACAGUAUACGAGAAGUGUGUGCCAUUGAUGACGUGAAACAUUCAUACGAGCAUUUCAAGGCAUUUUUCCAAGAAUUCGCUCAUCUUGAUUGCAAGUUUGCAGUGGACAUAUAGGUCUGGUUCCCAGUGCUUAGAAAUUGCAGUAAAUCAUGCCCAUUCUUGUCCUAACUUCCAAAUGUGAUGCUGGCAUGAUACAUCGAGAUCAGUCUGUAAAUUAUGCUUAUUACUAAUACGGACCUUGUUUGGUAUUGAUUUAAAA